GUCGUUGACAUCUCCCACUCGCCACCACUCUCCAGCACAUCAACACACCACACCCCCACGCUCAUUACCAUGCUCUGGCACGCCGUGGUAGCCGCGGCGGCGGCGGUGGGCGCCGCCGCGCAGUGUGUCAACUACGGGGUCGCGGACGGCGGCUCGUGCGUCUGCCCCGCCGGCUUCUCCGCGCCCUCCAACAACAACUGCGACCUCCCGAACUGCGGGGGCUCGCUCUACGAGCCGGCGGGAGCGACAGGCGCCAACGGCGCCACAAGCGGCUGCGCGUGCGCGAGCGGCUGGACCGGGCCAGGCUGCACAGUGUGCCAGAAUGCGCCGGCGUGCGUGUCGUCGCUCGCCAAAUUUUCAAACUCGUCGAACGCGAUCGCCUCCGCCGCCCUCGACACGACCAUGACCUGCUCGUCGGUGCCGACCGUGUAUGCCGCCUCGCAGAUGGCGUGCAGCGUCGACCAGCCGACGCUCAAAGCCAUCUUUCCGGGGGCCGCGCAGCUGACUAUCUCGCGGUUUUUGAACAGCUCGCGCACGCCGGGCGGCGAGCGCGCGCUCGCGCAGGCCGGCAUUGCCGGCGGCAACGCGGAGGCGUGGGCCCAGCUGUGGCUCGACGGCGUCGAGCAGUUUUACUGCCACGCGACGGCGUGUAACCAGACGAUCACGGCGGGCGGCGCCGUCAACUCGUCGUUGUGGGAGUGUGCGGGACUGGCAUGCACGUGUCGUCCCGGCACGGCGUUUUGCGGGGGCUCAACGACGAAUCUCACGGGUCCGAUUAAUGGGCUGCAGGGCCCGCUGUCGGUCGAUUGUGGCGAGGGCGGCACGUGCCAGUUCAAACAGCAGUUCUUGAACGGCCUCUUCGGGUCCGGCGGCCUCACGCUCACGCAGUGCUCGUUCGGCGAGUGCGUCGAGCAGUACGUCAUUGACCAGGCGAUGGGGAUUGUGGGCGGGUCGGCGGGCAGCAGCGGGCUCAGCGGCGGCGUGAUCGCCGGCUUGGCCGUCGUUGGCGCGAUUAUCCUGGCCAUCAUCCUCGUGACGAUUUGGGGCGUGAUCGUGCGCAACAAGGCACGCAAGGCCGUCGGCGAUGGCGCGCUCGAGAAGCGCCGCGGCGGUGUCGGCCUCGCGUGGAGCGGCGUGGGAUACGAGGUCCAGUCGCACGGUCGAGGGCUGUACGCGACAACUGUGAGCUGGCUGCGUGGUUGGGGCUCGCCGACACCGCGCGCAGCCGACCACGAGGAUGGCACGGGCGUGGGCCCGAACGGCGGCCGCGUCGUGCUCCGCGACACCCGCGGCGACCUGCCCCCCGGUGGCUUCUGCUGCGUCCUCGGCCCCUCGGGCGCCGGCAAGUCGACGCUCAUCGACAUCCUCGCUGGAAAGCGCAAGGCCGGCCGCGUCGAGGGCAAGGUCGCGUACCUCGACGACGGAGGGCGGCGGGUUCGCAUCGGGUAUUGCGACCAGUCGGAUGUCCUCUCUCCCACCUCGACCGUCCUCGAGACACUCCAGUUUGCCGCGUACCUCCGCCUUCCCGAGACGAUCCCGCGGGCCGCCAAGGACGAGCGGGCGCACCAAGUCCUGCGUGAGCUAGGCCUCGAGCACAUCGCAAACACACGUGUCGGGUCGGGCGAGCACCGUGGCAUCUCGGGCGGCGAGAUGCGCCGCGUGUCGAUCGGCGUAGAGCUCGUCGCCGACCCUGACGUGCUCGUGCUGGACGAGCCCACGUCUGGCCUCGACAGCGUCAGUGCCGCCCGCAUCGUCUCCCUCCUCAAAGCCCUGGCCGAGGAGCACGGCACGACCAUCAUCGCGUCCAUCCACCAGCCCAGCUCGGCGCUCUACCACUCUUUCUCGCAGGUGCUGCUCCUCGCCAACGGCCGCCAGCUGUACUUUGGCCCCGGCGGGUCUGUGCCGGCUGACUUCUUUGCUCAGCACGGAUACCCCUGUCCUCCCGGUUACAACGUCGCGGACCACCUGCUCGAGAUUGCGAGCGAGAACCCGCAAGGCCUGCCGACGGGCGCGGCGGCCGCGCUCUCGACGCGCGCCGCGAGCGGCUCGCGCGCCUCGGACAACUCGGCGUCGGGCGAAGCCGAGGCCGGCGAGAAGGACAGCAACCACCACGCGCCCGUCUUGAACCGGAUGAGCAACGAGAUCGACCUCGCGCAGAUCCAAGCCGCGAACACGGAACGCAAGUGGUGGCCGUCGUCGCACCCGGCCACGACGUUCCUCACGCAGCUCGGCGUGCUCGCGCAGCGCGAAUGGCGCACGCUUAUGCGCGACAAGACGCUGCUCGUCGCGCACGUCGUCGUGUCGGCCGUCAUCGGCGUCUUCGCCGGCGGCCUGUACUACAACGUGAAGAUCACGAUCGCAGGCUUCCAGAACCGCGUCGGCUCGCUCUUCUUCCUCGGCUCCCUCAUCAGCUUCACGUCAUUCAGCGCGCUGAACAACAUGGCCGAGAUGCGCCCGCUCUUCCUCCGCGAACGCUCUGGCGACUUCUACUCGCCGCAAGCGUGGCUCCUCUCGCGCCUCCUCUUCGAUGUCCUCCCCCUCCGCAUCCUCCCCACCAUCAUCGUCUCCGUCAUCCUCUACUUCAUGGUCGGGCUCGCGGCGACCGCCGCCAACUUCUUCAAGUUCCUCCUCAUCGCGGUCGAGUUCGCCAUCGCCAUGGCGCUCUACAACUUCCUCCUCCCCAGCGUGUUCGCGCACCCCUCCAUCGCCAUGCUCCUCUCCAGCGCGUGGGUGCUCUUCAACAUGGUCUUCGCCGGCUUCUUCAUCAACAUCUCAAACAUCCCCGCCGCCCUCCGCUGGCUCAGGUAUCUCGCGCCCCUCGGAUACAUGCUCGAAGCACUCACCGUCAACGAGGUCGGGUCUGGCCUCAUGAUCGUCGACGUCCUCCAGGGCGUGCCGAUCGAAAUCUCCGCCGUGCCCAUCAUGCACUCCCUCUUCGGCUUCGGCGAGGGCAACUACUACCGUAACGUGCUCGUACUGUUUGCGUGGAUCGCCGGGUUCCUCAGCAUGCUCGUGCUCACCGUCAUCUACUUCCUGCGCGAGAAGCGUUAGUACGGUGGGGUGUGUUUUCUGAUAUGGAGUCGGGAUAUAGGAUACAGGAUACUUUAUACCAUAAUGCAUGUGUUGGCUGUUU